ACUCGCGAGCCGCGUGCGCCUGGACCCGGCAGCCAGUUGAAUCGCGCGCCGACGGAAGCACGCUCGUCAGCUCCAACACGAAGCAGCCUCGGCGAGUCGAACAAGCAGGACCAUGUCGCGCGCGGCGCUGCUGUUGGUGUGCGCCGCCGUCUGCUGGGCUCACGAGGUCACCACGACGGACCACUCUUUCCGCAACCCAAACGCGGCUGUCGAAGCUGACAAGAAUCACUGGUACCAGGAGGGAGCCAAGGGCAUCGGCGAGCGGCUGGCGCGUCAGCCCAACGUGGGCCGUGCCCGCAACGUCGUGCUCUUCCUGGGCGACGGCAUGGGCAUCCCGACGGUGACCGCGGCGCGCAUCUACAAGGGCCAGCGGCUGCACAAGCAGAGCGGCGAGGAGCAGCAGCUCUCGUGGGACCAGUUCCCGCACGUGUCCCUCUCCAAGACCUACGGCCUGGACGUGCAGACCUCGGACUCCGCGAACACCGCCACCGCCUACCUCUGCGGCGUCAAGGCCAAUGUUGAAACACUCGGCGUGGACUCUCGCGUCAAGAGCGGCGUCUGCCACAACGACACCAGCACGCACCUGCCGAGCAUCAUGCAGUGGGCGCAGGAGGCCGGCAUGUGGACGGGCAUCGUGACCACGUCCAAGGUGACGCACGCCACGCCCGCCGGAAGCUACGCGCACUCGGGCCACCGCGACUGGGAAGCCGCAGUGGCCGAAGGAUGCGACGCCGAGGACAUUGCCUACCAGCUGGUUCAUCGCAACCCCGGCGCCGGCUUCAAGGUGAUCCUUGGUGGUGGAAGGAAGAUGUUCCGCGCCUCCAAGGACGAAGAAGGCAAGGAUGGCAUGCGCAAGGAUGGCAGAGACCUGAUCAAAGAUUGGAAAGAGGCAAGGUCCAAGAUGGGCAAUGCCAGCUACGUGUGGAACCGGCAGCAGCUGCUCUCUGUCAUGCCUGGAAAGACAGAUUUCCUGCUCGGGAUCUUCGACAACGACCACGUGCCCUACGUGAUCGAGCGCAGCAACCCGGAUACCACAAAGCCCACCCUACCGGAGAUGACCAGAGUCGCUGUGGAGAUCCUUAAGAAAGCGCCCAAGGGAUUUGUGCUGCUCGUCGAAGGAGCGCGAAUCGACAUGGCCCACCACAAAAGCAAGGGUGGUUCAGCCUUGGAAGAAGCCCUGGAGUUCGACCAGGCCGUUCAGGAGACGCGCAACACGCUAAAAACGGACGAGUCUCUUCUGGUGGUGACUGCGGACCACUCGCAUACUUUCACCAUGGGUGGAUACCCGAAGAGAGGCACCAACAUCCUAGGUAUUGCUGGAUAUUCAGACAUCGACCAGCUGCCGUUCACUGUCCUCACCUAUGGAAACGGCCCCGGUUUCGCUCUUCCCAAAGAAAACUUCACAAACGAAGAAGUUGCGAAGCCCGACUACGUGCAGCGGUCUGCCUUCCCGCUCAAGGAGGAGACCCAUGGCGGCGAGGACGUGGCGGUGUACGCCACGGGGCCCUGGGCGCACCUCUACACCGGCGUUCACGACCAGUCGUACAUCCCGCACGUGAUGGCGCACGCUGCCUGCAUUGGCCGCUUUACGGGCGACAAGUGUGCCACGCCCGACGAGACAACGGGUGCCGGCGCCGCCGCGAUCCCGGCGGCUCAGCUGGUCGCCGUGAUUGCCUCGUCGCUCACCGCCCUCCUGCUGCGGUGACCCGACUGCUUUCUCCGCCCUGACGACGUGCAUGUUUUUUGGCUACCUCUGGCAGUCACGCAUUUGGAGCGUGUGCUGCCAGAACGAGGGAACAAAACGAGGUUGGUCGGCCACGCAUUAUCCCGUGCACGUUAUGGCCGGCAUUGUGCGACUGAAUCGCUGGAUUCUUGACUUAUUAAUGCGGAAAGUUUAAACAAUGCUACUUAAAUGUUGAUGUUACGGUAAAACUGAGAACAGCGAGAUGGCAUUGACGAUGUAUUUGGCGUUCGUAAGGCAUUUUUGGCAACGCUUACUAAGUACGGCAAAAAGGAAGGGGAAAAAAAAAGAUGUCCGUAAUACGCGAUAUUCUAGUAUUUCGAAGGUGUAAGCCUGCGUCGGCGGUGCUAAAGAAAGGUCGUAAAUUUUUUUACUUACGCGGAGUGAUGUCCUCAGUCUCACCCGGUCUAACUUUACACAAAAACAAAGGCUCAGACAUUUUGCAGAGAUUUUUGCUACCGGGAGCAAUUUUCUUAUUUUCCAGUGCCUUCGCGUCAUGCCGGUCAGUAUCAAGAAUGCCUAGUGCAAGCUUUCACAUAUGUUUCAUUCCUGCGGUUAGUGUGCUCAAGCUACCCGCAUUUAGAAAACACAAACUACGAACAUUACAGGUUGCGAAAUCGGGCGAGUUGGUAAUCUAUUCUUAGUCGCGAAAGCGCAUUACUGACGGGACUUAGACGAAGAACCAUGUAAAGCAAACGCGGCACUGUGUUUGUCUUGCAGGUUUCUUCGUCUAAGUUACUACCAACUAUGAGCUUCUGUGUAUGAUGCUUGGAUUAAAGAUGCGGUUCAAAUGCACAUGUCGCGUGUUACACGCAGCCAAUGGCCGCUUUGGUCGCAGUGCAAAGUUACAAUGUGACGAAAAAUAAAACAUGCAGCGUGAAAAAAAUGUUUUCAGGACACGCGGCAUGUAGAGGUAUCAUAGUUUUUACUGGGACUAUGCGGUUCACUUCGAUCACUAUGAAUAAGUAAAGCGCCGGAAACUGUUUUCUUCGAGCCGCUUACUUAAGCGAUACAGCAUGAAUAUGAAUUGAAAAUAAAGUGGGAGCCACACUUCUAGAAGCGCCUAGCGAAGUGGCCAUGUGCUAAGGCCCUUGAGGCAUAGAGCGUUAGGCAACCGCGAGCAAAUCCUUUCAGCAUUGGCUUGCACGUUCUAGUCUUCAAUGUGCAUUCAUGGCGAUCGUGAGAAAGCUUAUUAUUUUUACGAACGUCUCGAUAUGAAUGAAGUGGAUCCCAGCAUCUCGCUUGGGAUAGCGUGGAGCAUCAUGCUGUCGACGGGAAUUUUCAGAAAAUAUUGCCCUGCUUUCUGAGCAUUGUUGGAGUGACCUGUUAUCAUUGUGAACGUUUUUGUGUAAUGGUCUGAUCGGCUGUUGUUGUUGCUGAAUGGUGGUGGAAGUGUGCAAGCUGUGAGGAACAUUAUGAGGAAUAUGUGUUGCCUUCCGUUUAUUGUCAGUUAUGUUCACUGUAUUGUGGGCAAAUGAGAAUGAAGCAUGUAUUUCUUUAAAGAUGGCAUUACUCAUAGAGCUGGGCAGUGUGUGUUUGGCACAUGUUUACUGUUUUUUACAUGGCGACAGUAAGGGAGGCUGGCAUUCAGCUUGGAUUCUCGUCUGCAGCUCACCGAUAUGUUUGUUUCCUGGAGGACUUACGAGCACACGUUCAACCUGCAUGCACUUUUUUGGUGUGCUUCAACCCGGAUAUUUGAAUGCUUGCAUACCGCAUAAUAGUGCUUACUCCAGAUCCAAAUAACAUUUCAGCGUGCCUUCUUUUCCGCAGGGAUGUCUUUGCACAUAUACCAACUGCAUAUAUACAGAGAACCAGUUCUUGCAUUACAUGAGGCUGCCCCGUUUACAAAUGUCAUGCAGUCAAUUAUUCUUUUAAUUUUUUAGCUCAAGCAGAUUCCUAGUCGGAGAAAUUUUUUUUAGAUUCGUAUAUCUCGAAGACUACAAUAGGACCAAUAUAGUUAAAAGCAGCCAGAACACUUAUAAUCUGGCUUUUGACUCAGUACUUAAGUACACCUAAUGUGCCUUGGCAAAUGAAGCAGUCGAUUCUCUAGGUAUUUGCAGAAGUUGCUGAGAGAGCAUAGUCUAGUAGCUUGCACGUACAGAAACAUUCUUUGUAAUUCUAUUUUGUUAUUCUAGCUUCCAUAGAAUAAUCUUUAUUGCACAUAAUUUUGUCACUUUCUUUCUUAGUUCAGAAAGUCAUUGUUAAAUGCCGUGCUGCUGGUUCUUGCAUGUUGCAAUACUCUACUAUCUCACAGGUAUGGUAAAUCAGAAGUGGUGUGUAUUUUACCCCUGACUUUCAGGUAGUAGCAUCAGAAUAAUUAUUCUUAAGCUGUGCAUAUAAAAACUACCUCACUGUUGAAUCGCCUCAGCUUGUAUGCACGAUUAUACAGACCAGUAAUUGUACGGAAAACUCGUAUACAAGCACAGAAAGGCAGGAUACACAACUACAUUUGAAGUCUGUUUUCUUUGGUGUUCUACCUGCUGUUUGAACAUGUGGUGCAUGCUUAAGCUGGGAACCUCCACAAUAAAACAGCAGCACCUGAUCCUUUACUUCAACGUUAGUUUUGUAAAAGUGAUUUCUGUCUGAUAGCUUGGCAUUUCUUUAAUUAAACACUCGUUAUUACAUCACAUGCCCGUCACACAUUUGAUUGCAAAUGCCGAUGAUCUAUGAGCUCCUUUGGUACUCUAAAGACGUGAUCUCUAGUUCGCUGGUCAUGACACCUUUAUAUCAUAACAACCAUUACUUAGUUCUCUGUAUAAAUGGUGGAUUUUUCUUACACUAUGCUAUUAAGUACGGAUCAGCAAACGCUGCAGUGCUCAGUGAACAUAUCUGCAUCCUUAUUAGUGCCCACUGAGCAAAGGCUGUUCAUUUGAUUGGGAUAUGUACUAGAAGAACACAGAUCCAGAAUAUAGCUUCUGUUUUGUGCAUUCUAUUCCAGUUAGGUAAAAGUAACGUGAUUAUAUAAUAGUUCAUUGAAAUUUACUGUUCGAAUCGAGUGGUGCAAGGCUGAUUUAGUGAAAAGUGUUGUGCGGCGUUUCUUUCUUCUUCUGUCAUGCGACUUUUUAAUUUCUAUGACUACUGGUUUGGUGACACGUUGUUCCUUGGUUCAUGUAUGCAUCCUGUAUUUCCGUACGGGCUGUUCUAAGUGAAUGCACCGCAGUAUGAUAGAACAUAAUUUUAAUUGAACUAGGUAAUAUUGAUGCAUUUUGAUGUCAUGGUAUGUUUUCUAUCCAUUAUUUUUUAGCUUCAAGAGUUCGCGUUGUUUUAGGUGCAGCCGAGUAAGGCAAUUAGUUCGCAAUGAGCGCUGUUUUUCCGACUUCUCUUGCAUCCCACCGAGCUGUUUGCAAUGUGCCAUGUCUGUCGACUUUGUAUAAAGCCAUGCAAAAGAAACACUGUGAUAAACUAUGUGUACAAGCAAAGUUGUUACGUGUGGAAUAAAAGAGCGUUUCUAUACAA